UACAGCGGGUUUGCUGGUUGGUGUUCUGCUUUCCGGAUGUGUUUUCUCGUUGUCCCUGACUGGGAGAUGUCAGGCCGAGGCAAACAGGGCGGUAAGGCGCGCGCCAAAGCGAAGUCACGCUCUUCGCGCGCGGGUUUGCAGUUUCCUGUGGGCCGAGUGCAUCGGCUGCUCCGUAAGGGUAACUAUUCUGAGCGUGUGGGUGCUGGCGCGCCUGUCUAUCUGGCAGCCGUGUUGGAGUACCUGACGGCUGAGAUCCUGGAGCUGGCGGGCAACGCGGCGCGUGAUAACAAGAAGACGCGUAUUAUCCCACGUCAUCUGCAGUUAGCCAUCCGUAACGACGAAGAGCUCAACAAGCUGCUGGGUCGCGUGACUAUCGCGCAGGGCGGUGUCCUGCCCAAUAUCCAGGCCGUGCUGCUGCCCAAGAAAACGGAGAGUCACCACAAGGCCAAGGGCAAGUGAGGCGGCGGAGGCGGGCCAGAAACGGUCGUGCUCCCCGGAGGCCCCCUGACACCAAAGGCUCUUUUCAGAGCCACCCACAGUGUCUAGAAAAGAGCCGUACUGGUCAAGGGCUGUCUUUCGCAGCGCGUUUCUGUGCGAAUCUGAGCAAGGCUGGGCUUGUGGGAAAUCGAAUACUAGAGACAUGAUUUGGGUGCGUAUAGGGGCUCAGUGGGCUGUGCGUUGGUUUGCAGUAGGGAAUGUCUGAUUUUCUCUUGAAUCUCGCCCCCAAGGUCAUGGAGUUUUAAUCCCACUCAUUUUUUAAGAAUUUGCUAUUACCGGUGACAAGCUACUUUUGACUCCGGGAAGUCAUUAGUGUGACAUUCAGACGCCAAGUACGGACUGUUUUCUUAUCCCAGGAGAAAUCCAUACAUUGAACUGGUAUUGAAAGUAUUUAAUAUUAGGAGGAAAUCUGCCAUUUGAGGUUCUGAUAGAUAAACAUGAUUUCCAUCUUAAAAGGUAUGAAUGCGUGAGUUAGAUUUUUAGAGAACGUGAGAUCAGAAUUGUCUAUUGUAUUGUGAAUUCUAAGGUCUUGGGAAGGGUAUGUCUUGCUAGGUGCAUUUCCAGCAUUUGAAAUGUAUCAGUUUACAUUUUGAAAAUAGGUGCACAUUUUUAAAGGAAAUCUUAUUGUAUAUAGAAUAUUUAUUUAAAGGAGUUUAAAUUACUAUAUUUGGGUUGGCUAAACGUUAAUAAGAGAUCUUAAACUGAUAAAGUAAAAAUAAUUAGUACAUUGAAUUUGAUAAAAUUACUUUUGUGAAUUCAGUAAAUUUAAAAUGAACGGUGUUAGGACCAGAUUAAGUAAUAUACAUGUGGAUAUUUCGAAAGAUGAUUGUUUAUGAAUUCCACAUGCUGUUACAAAUAAGGGGUGGAGUGUCCCAGAUAUACUUCUGCAAAGUCUACUGAGAAGUGAAGUUGUUAAUAGCACUUACUUCAUGGGGUUAAGGGAUUAAAUGAGUAAAUCCAUAGUAAUCCCCAUGUUUAAAAAUCUCCAGCACACUAUGAGUUUAAUAAAUGUUAUUCCUGUUGUCA